AACAGAACGUUUAAUGAUACGUGGACAGAUUCAUUUGCUUUCACUGUUGACGAGACUGGUUUACCGGUAUGCUUAAUAUGCAAUGAGAAACUAGCAAACAACAAAAAGUCAAAUGUCGCAAGGCAUUUCCAGAGUAAACACGCAGCCUUUGCUCAAAAAUAUCCGGAUGGAGAUGAGAGAAAAAAAGCCGUUUCGGAACUGAUGCGGAAGGUUGAUCUGAGCAAAAAUCAUUUCCAGAAAUGGAUGAAGUCAGGAAAAUCAACGACAUACGCCAGUUAUAUUGCCGCUCAGGAAAUAGUCAGGCACGGGAAGCAGUUUACAGAUGGUGAAUAUAUAAAAGAAUCUUUCAUUAAGAUUUCAGAACAUCUAUUCACGGACUUUAAAAACAAGAGUGAAAUUGUGCAGAAAAUCAGGGAUAUGCCCCUCUCUGCAAAGACUGUCAAAGACAGAACCAUAAAAAUGGCAGAAGACAUCACAAGACAGCAAAUUAAAGACAUCAAUUCAGCUGUGGCCUACUCGAUUGCCUGUGACGAGUCUAAAGACAAAGGCGAUAUUGAACAAAUAGCGUUGUUCUGCCGGUAUGUAAACUCUGCCGGGCCACAGGAAGAACUGAUUGAGUUGAUACCUCUAAAAGACCAUACACGGGGGGAGGACAUCUGUGAGGCUGUCUUGAAUUGUUUAAGAGCCAAAGGAAUAAAGACCACCCAUCUGGUGUCAGUAGCUACUGAUGGGGCUCCGAAUAUGACGGGAACGCACAAGGGAUUUGUGGCUUUACUGCAGAAGUCGCUGGACAGAAAGCUGCUGACUUUUCACUGCAUCUUGCACCAAGAGGCACUGUGCGCUCAAACAUUUCCUCCGGAAUGCACAGAAGUAAUGGAUGUUGUCAUUCAGAUUGUCAAUAAAAUAAUGGCAAAAAGUUUAAAUCACCGUCAAUUCCGUUUGUUACUGGACGAGAUGGAAAGCGCAUAUUCUGAUCUCCUGCUGCACAACAAAGUCCGGUGGCUGUCCAAAGGGGAGGUGCUGAAACACUUUGUCGCGUGUCUGGAAGAAGUGAAAACUUUCCUGGGCAGCAAAGGGCUCAACUUUCCUGAGCUGGAACAGCCAGAGUGGCUGGAAAAGCUACACUUCAUGGUAGACAUGACAGCGCACCUGAACACGCUGAACACAGCUCUUCAGGGGAAAGGACGCACAGCCCUGCACAUGUUGGAGGAUGUCUUGGCAUUCGAGCGCAAGUUGACAGUGCUUGCCAGAGAUUUACAGAAAGGCACUUUGUCUCACUUCCCCAAUUUGAGAGAGUUCAAACAAGGUCACGACAUGAUAAUUUCGGAGUAUUUACAUUCUGCAAUCAUCGCAAUGCAAACAUCGUUUGGGAAACGCUUCUGUGAGUUCAGAGAGGAAAAAAACACAUUAUCCUUCCCGGUCACUCCCUUAAGCAUCGAUCCUUCCCUACUGAAUACGACUGCAUUGGCAGGUGUGAGUCAACCUGAUCUUGAGAUGGAACUGGCCGACAUAGCCGACAAAGACAUAUGGGUGUCCAAGUUUAGACGCUUGACAGCAGACCUUGAAGAUGUUGCCCGUCAGAAGGCCGUUCUUGCUCAGAAUCACAAAUGGAGUGAUAUUGAAAACCUUCCAAAUCCGGACCAACUUGUGUUUGAAACAUGGAAUGCUGUGCCCGACAUUUAUGUAAACAUGAAAAAGUAUGCGCUUGGAGUCCUGUCGAUCUUUGGAUCCACAUAUGUAAGUGAGCAGGUGUUCUCCAACAUGAACUUUAUUAAAAACAAACAUCGCGCAUGCUUCACAGAUGACAGCUUGCGAUCCUGUGUAAAGAUGAAGGUGACGUCAUACAGCCCUGAUGUGCAGACGCUGUGCGCUGAGGUCCAGGAGCAGAAAUCCCAUUAACCAAGCUGACAGCUGGCUGAUGUUAUUUUUGGUUUGCUGCUGGCGGAAAAUUUAAGUUCGGCGUUUUUCAUAAAUACAAGAAGGACUCAAAUAGACAUUGAAUAUUUUACUUAAAAGUAACUUUCAACCCAACGUCUUUUUUUCGGAGUUCAAAAUGUUUUUGUUGCAUGCAGAAAUGUAAUUUCGUUUUCUCUGCAGGAGUUCAUCAAUUUCAUAAAUGCAACACAUUAUAGUUUGUUUAUACAUAGCAUAAAG